UGUCAUCCGUGUUAGACUCUGGAAAGAAAAUCAAUUUAUUUUCAGUAUGUCAUUUGUUGUAGAAGUAUCGCGCAUUUGGCAAAAACUCGCAGUAGAUGUAGUGCUUGGCCAAACAGUUGACGAAGUAGUUAAAUUACUUCAAAAUAAUGUGACAAUACUACUCGUUAGAUUCGGAUUGCACACAAAAUCAGAACUGCAGACCUUGUUGGAUUCUGUCAAUCAAGCUAUAGAUGUAUACUGCAAUAGCUACACAAUUCCUCUCUGGAAGCCAACGGUCAGACUUGCAUGUGAACUGAGUGGUCAAUCACUUCGUCUUAAAUUCGAUCGACGACAAGGUCCUAUCCAAAUAACACCAGGUCAACGUUUGUACUUGGCGUCCGAUAAAAUUUACGAAGACAAAAGGGUUGAAAACGUUAUUUAUGUUACCAAUUUAGACAAUGUCUUAGCAUAUUUAAAAAGAGGUGACAAAUUCAGAAUUGGCUGCAAUGAAAUUAUUGUUUGCAAAAUUAAAGGCAAGUUUGCGGUAUGUCGGGCGAAAGGUGACUGUAACAGCAGUAUUGUCUUUCAGCUACAUCCAUAUGAACGACUAAUCCUAACUGGAUUAGACUAUGAGUGGAAUACCAUUCAGAACGACAUUGAGGAAUGUCACUAUGCUGUAUCCAACAAUUGUGGGAUCAUAUUAAUACCAGAAUUGAACAGUCACCUGACAUAUCAUGCAAUCCGUAAUGCACUGCUGUCUUAUCAAAUCGAAAAUCAGAUUUUGCAAAUCUUCGCCAGCAUAGAUCAUCACGUAGCAAAUACAAGAAGCAUAUCUCUAAUCCGGCAUCUGGAUGGUGUUAUCACAAACGAUAAAACGAUCAUCGACAUAUGCAGAAUCUAUUGCAAAGUAGUUUUGUUUGAAUUCCCCAAAACAAAUCAAAUACCCGAUGAUGAAUGGUUUCAUAAGGUGGACGUUUUUAUCGCGCCAUCUGACUCAGUUGAUGAAGUGAAGGCAGCCCUACUGGAACUAAAUCGGAAUAUUUCGGCUGAGAGAGAUAACGAUAAUCUGUUUGCGAAUCAUAAUCGCAUAUUCAAUCAAUGCAUAGAAUACAGCAGCAAUAGUUGUGGAGCACACGCUAUAGUAUUAUGCACUUCCGGAUCUGCACAAAUAGCGGAAGAAUUGUCCACUAGAAAAUUACCUUGUCCCAUGCUUGUGGCAUCCAAUGACGAGAACGUAUUACAGCGGGUUUCAACGAGAAAGUACUGCAUACCAGUGCGUACACCAGAUGGGAUAUCGAAAAGAUUAACGAUUAAAUAUGCAACUGUUUACGGAAAACAGUUCGGGUACAUUGAAUCUGGCAGUUUCGUAGUAACCGGUCUAGGAGAAGAAAAUCUCUCCGAAAUAGAUUUCAGUUAUGUUCCAGACGAUUUCAUUCUGUCUUUGAAAUAAAAUCCACCAGCACUUACUACAAA